UCCCAAGAAAAGGAAAAGUAAUAGAGAACCAACAGACGCGACACGUUCCUCCACCCCCUCAAACGUCAGGAAUUUCUACAUUUAUUAUUCGUCAUUUCUCUUCUUGCAUUGUUCUUUCUGCCCACAUGAAGAAGAAUCCUCCCCUUUCCAAUUCUUGAAUUCUUUAUUCUCCUUGCGGUGCUGCUGAUUUUUCUUUCUUGAUUUGGACGUAUUUGUGGCUAUAACCGGCAAGAAUCCCCAGAACCAAGAAAAAUGGUUCAGAUGAAAGAGUUUCGGAUUGUUAUGCCGUUAUCGGUGGAAGAGUUUCAAAUAGCUCAGAUGUAUAUGAUAAUGAAAAUGCAGCAACAGAGCACCACAGGGACAGAAGGGGUGGAGAUAGUGGAGAACAGGCCUUUCGAAGACGAUGUCUAUGGAAAAGGCCAAUACACAUUGAAAAUAUAUCGGUUGCAGAGCAAGGCACCAACAUGGUUGACUAAAUUUGCCCCAGCCGAUGCUCUUGUGAUGCAAGAAGAAGCUUGGAAUGCAUAUCCAAAAUGUAAAUCAGUUGUCAAGUGCCCGUAUUUCACAAGGUUUAUUCUUACUAUUGACACUGUUCACAAGGAUGACAAUGGUCAAUCUGAAAAUGUACAUGGCCUCACCGAAGAGCAGUUAGCAGUUAGACAAGUGGAAACGAUUGAUAUUGCUUCAACUGUAAAUGAUUAUUGGAGUUAUAUUAUUGGGAGUAGCAAUAUUGAUUUGUCUCAGUUCCAAUCAGCUAGAACAGGCCGAGGUCCAUUGACAGAUGGAUGGCAGGGCCAAUGCGAUCCAGUUUCAACGGCUUACAAGUUGGUGACAAUAGAUGCUCCAUACUGGGGCUUUGGCAGUAGACUUGAACAAGCUUUAGUUGCGGGUGAAAGGGCACUUUUCCUUGAAAGCCAUCGAAAUUGUUUCGGCUGGAUCGACGAAUGGUUUGGACUGAGUAUGGACAAGAUGCGUGAGCUAGAGAAACAAAGUGACUCGUCAUUAAACAAGAAACUUGGCCGGCCUUGUGCGAUAGAAGACAAUGAGGAGUUGGAUGAAAUCAGAACUAUUCCCAGUUGCUGAUGUUAAAAAAGUUUCUGCGUAGGAGUCGUCGUUUGCAGAAACAGACAGCUAAGGGUGAGAGCAUAGGAGGUUGUAGGCUAAGAUCAACAACAUAUGCAGAGGGUUGAAUUCCUUUGCACCUUUUGUACUGUCUCGUAAGCUUAUAUGAAAAUCUCCAUGUUUAUGGGAUUGUUCCGAGUUACUCUUCUUUGAGGAGAGCAGAUUUUGACAAAGAUGGGUUCAUCACUACAACCUACUUAAAAGAUUCCAAAUUCCAACACCAAUGUAAAUUCAUGGCAUAAACUUCAUAUACGUGGUUUUGUUGCAUGAAUCAUUUCUCCAAUUAUUAUCUGAAAAAUGAGGAUGUAACAAUCAUUCAACUAUUGGAUGUAUUCGUUGUUGAGGUAUUAAAUUUGAUUUGCAGUCA